GUCAUCUUCAAUGAGAUGUCAUUAGACACUGCUUUAACCUACGAUAAAAACAGAGACUGCAUCAAUGGCUUUGUAGAGUUAAAUGAAAAGCAGAGCCAGUUUGCCGACCAUGCACUUGUUUUCAUGCUCAGAGGAGCGGUGUACAAGUGGCAGCAACCCAUUGCCUUUUAUUAUUGUCAGGGGGCCACAUCAGGGACUGAUCUUAAAAAAAUUCUAAGAGAUGUUGUGGCUGUUCUCGUGGAAUGUGGUCUGAAGCCUAUUUGUGUAAUUUGUGAUCAAGGCACAUCUUUCCAAGCAGCCUUGAAAAGCUUUAGAGAGGACACUAAGCGUGAUCAAAUACUUUCAGAUCAAGAACCAGAUGGCUCAGUUACUAUCAGCGGCGUUAACCUGAGCAUUAUUUAUGACCCGUCACAUUUGAUUAAAGGAAUUAGAAAUAAUUUCUUGAAUAAGAACAUAGUCAUGGAUGGUAAAACAUCCAAGUGGACUGAUAUUGUGGAUGUCUAUGAAACUGACUGUAAACACACAGAGUCUAGACUCCUUCAUAAAUUGAAUGACCAACAUGUCAUUCCUGAAAAAAUCAAGAAGAUGAAAGUGAAGAACUGUGUCAAAGUGCUGAGUUCAACAGUAUCUGCAGCUUUGUCUUAUACAGCUCAAUUUUCACACUAUGCGGAUGGCAGGCCUGUUAGUGGCACGAUAAAGAAUACUGCUGAAACAGUACUGUUUUUCGACAGACUUUUUGAUAGCGUGAAUGGAGCAGGAUCUGCAAAAGAAGCCAGAGGGAAAUUAAGAACUGUAGUAACAAAAAAAUCACCACACCAUAAAUUUUGGCCAGAAGCCAUUAGGAAAUUGGAAAAUUUGAAAUUUGUUGAUUCUGUAGGGAAGGAAAAAUCGGUGCCCUCAGUAAAAAACUUUAUUAUAACCUUAAAAAGUUAUAUGAGGCUGUGGCAAAUUUUGCAUGGACAAGAUAUAAAAGUGAUGCGGCCCAGAUAUUUUAAUUCUGAUCCAAUCGAAAAUUUUUUUGGUCAGGUAAGGGCCUACAAUUAUAGGAAUAAUGAUCCUAAUUGCCACAGCUUCAAUUGUACAUUCAAAUCAUUAUUGAUUACCAGAUUUAUAAAAUUUCACAGUGAAAACUUCAACUGUGAGAAUGACCCGGCAGAUCAAGUUUUGAACCAACAGGUUUUAUUUGAUGAAAAAUAAAGUAAUGAAUCAAGGCCGGGUGAUUCUCCAAGUGAAAAAAAUAUUGAAGUGAUUGUGGAGCAGGCCCGACGAGAAAGAAUGAAUAUUCAAUUCACUCGCGGGCCUACACUGCUGGAUGGGUAGUAAAAAAUUUUUUUAGUAAAUUUAAAAUUAGUUGUAACAAUUGUAAUAACUCAAUGACUUCUGAAAGAGGCGAUAUUCAUGACUGGAUAAGUCAUAGAGAGUACAAUAAAGCAAGAAAAGUAUUGAAAUACCCAUCCGAAGCAGCAGUAAGGUGUUUUGGUACAGUCGUAAGGGAAACAAAUGAAUACUUAGAAAUAAAUGCUCAUAACAAUCAAGUAGCUAAAAAAAUCAGCGACCAUAUAUUUGCUAAGUAUUCAUUUGAUUUCAUGGACUGUACUGAACACAAAUCAGUGCUCCUGACACACUUUAUUGUUUUGACUGUGAGGUUCACAAUAAUGAAUUGGUGUAACAUAUUAAAUAAAAUUUUGAAGGGCACCGACGUUUCAAGACUGCAAGAAAAAGAUUUGCCUGUGAUGCAAAAGAAAGCAUACGAAAAAUACAAAAAGAAAUUAAAAAAUAAAUCAUUUAAUAAAUAA